AUGUUUUCCAAGUUUCGUAGAGUGCUCGGUCUCUCGAAGACCAAGAGAACUCCAUCUAUACCCCCAACUGAUUCAUCGCAGAUAGGCGAUGAUAUAGAUGAUCAUGCACCCGAACUUGCAACAACAAACGCUGGGCCCGCAGAGCCUCAAACAGAUCUAGCAAGGCCGGACAACUCGCUAGACAUCGGCCAUUUCGAACAGAGGGACUGGUACGGGAUAAGAGUCCUUCGCGACCCGGACCCGGUUGGUUCUGCCAGCAUCGACAUUGUCUUCAUACAUGGAUUGACUGGAAGCGCGUACAAAUCAUGGCUGCACAAAGGCAGCGGGGUGCACUGGCCGAGGGACUUGCUUGGCAAAGAUAUGAAAGACGCGAGGAUCAUGACCUUCGGGUACGAUGUUGACUUGGUAAACCUGCGUAGCCAUGCUGCGCAGGAUGGGAUCUCUGGGUAUGCUCAUGACUUGCUUGGGUGUAUGUCGGGAUGCAGGUUGGGUGAUUUGCUGUCCCGCAGAAUAAUAUUCGUAGCCCACAGCCUCGGCGGUCUUCUUUUGGAGCGGGCCUUGGUCAUCUCAAGAAACAGCAACCAGCCACACCUCCAAGCCAUCGAGACCUAUACUGUUGGAGUUUGUUUCCUUGGAACUCCUCACCACGGCGCUGGUCAGGCGAGAUUGGGUGAUGGCCUCGUAAACGUGAUCAACCUGGUGAAACCUACAAAUCGUAAUAUGAUCGAAUUGCUCAAGCGGAACUCCCACAUUCUAGGAGAUAUCGAGAACGAAUUUCACCAACUUCUAGACAAGAGGAGAAAAGACGGCGGCAAGAUUGAGAUUGUCUGUUUCUACGAAACAAUUCCAUUCAUAUCCUCAUGUGUCGUUCCUAAAGAAAGUGCAAUCAUAAGUGGCGAGCCUCAUUAUCCAAUUCGGGCUAAUCAUGAGGAUAUGACGCUAUUUUCGCAACGGGGUACCUAUGGUGACAAAGGAUACAUAGAUAUUCUGCGAGAAAUUCGUAGAAUUGAACAAAUAGAAAAUGCCAGGUUCGCACAGUUCUGGGCCAGUCUCGAGGUGAAUAAGAUGGAUAUCGACAGGCACCUCAGUAUCACUUCAACACCACAAGACGGUACUUUCACUUGGAUUUAUGAGCGUCUUAAUCUUCGCGACGUACGUUCGAGGCAGGAAAAAUGCUUAAUUCAUAUAACUGGGAUGCCAGGAUGUGGAAAGACUGUUCUCAGUACGUGGCUAUAUCGAAACUUUCGACAACUCACUCUCCACCGAAAUAGAUACGUAGGAGCGUUUUUUCAUGGAUUCAAUGGCAGAGAUGCAUCUCGCCGCAGCACAAAGGGAAUGCUCUCGUCAUUGCUCCACCAAAUGUUUCUUUCGGGGAGUCUUCGGCGCCAGCACCUACUCCCCUAUUUCACCAAUUCGUUUAAAACAGAUCCUUUGCCUCCAGAUAUCCUGGUCCGGAUUUUUCAAUGGGCUUGCGGACUCGAGGCAUUUGAAAAAGCUAUUUAUAUAAUUGAUGCUUUGGAUGAGUGUGAUCAAGGAGCGGAGAGAGAUGAGUCGGUCCGCUGCCUGUCUAGCAUCCUCAACCAGGAUACAAACAACAAACUCACAAUGAUUGUUGCAAGUAGGGACUAUUGGGAUAUAACUUUUGAGCCCACAAGUCCUGGUUCGGACUCUGUGAUUCGUGCCAAUCUUGAUGAGGAAGACGCUAUGAAGAGGGAUCUUGAGGCGUACACUGAACGAUGUGUGAAAGAUUUCAUUAAAAAAAGACCGGAAUACUCGUCAUACAACGAUGAGUUGAUUCUUCGAAUACGUGAUAGGGCUGGUAACGGAAUGUUUCUCAUGGUACAGCUGUUGACCGACCUACUAUAUCGGUCUGUCGAUUCCUCACCAGCGGCAAUCCGCCGCACCAUCAACUCCUUGCCCUCAACGCUCCAGGAAGUAUACCGAGGGAUAUGGCAAACCGUACCACCAGGAAAUGAGCCUCGGGCGAGAAAAAUCAUGUGCUGGAUAUUGACCGCAUUUCAGCCCAUAGCAGUCCAAACUCUCGCGGAUGCCUUGGCCCACGAGACUGUUCUAAAUGACGAAACAGACCGUAACAGCCUCGUCGACGCUCGGCCGAUUGACUUGAGAGGAGAUCUAAGGAGGCUAUUUGGACCCCUAAUUCGAAUUGGUGAUGCGGUCGAGCUCGUACACCAAACCGUCAAAGACUAUUUCUUCUUGGAAAGUAAUCAACAGCAGCUGCAAACAAAGUUUUCUGUUUUGUCUCCUGACCGUCACAUCAAUAUCGCCAAAGUCUGCCUAUUCUGUCUCGGGCAAAACAAACACGCAAUGACGUCUGCGAACUCUCUAAACUCGAUCCUGGGUGUUGGAGUCCCUCCUUUCUUCGCAUAUGCCCAUAAAUACUGCAAUCGUCACCGAGAAGCUGCUGUCGAGAACCAUGAGAGCAAUGAAACUAUUGCGAAGUUUGACUUAUACCAGGAAAGAACACUUGGUGACAUUGAAUUUGAGGCAAUAAUUUCUGAUGAGGAGACCUGGGCAAGGCUUGAGCAAAGACGGCGUUCGUGA